CCAUAGCUCUUUUUAUUUUGUCGAGUCUCUAGCUAUAUGUACACAACUUCCCCACUUACACUUUUCAAAACCCACAUAACAAUCCCCACAGCACCUCCCCCUCUCCAAAAUCUCUUUGGUUUCAAAAAAGUUGAAGACUCUUCGACCAACAAAAAAAGAAAAGUUAUAAUUCGUAUUCUGAUUAAGAAUUUCAUCGUAAAUUUUCCCUUUCACCAUCUUUAAUGGCACAAAAACAUUUACGUGAACUUCUACAAGAAGAUCAAGAACCAUUUCAACUUAAACAUUACAUCGCCGAUAGACGUUGUCAGCUCAAUAAAAAUCCUUCCAAAUAUUCGUUACAAACCGUAGAGAAACAAAAACCGAUUUCUCCAAGUAAUACAUUGUUAUGCAAAGACGCUUGUUUUUUCUUAUCGAUUAGAAAAAAUUCAUGUAAAGGUAUGGAGAUAUUAUCACCUAUCAAUUUCUCAGUAUCAACACCAAAAAGUAGUCCAGCUAGGAAAAAAGUGUUUCUACAUAUACCUGCUUCUACUUCCUCAUUGCUACUCGAAGCAGCAAUGAGGAUUCAACAGAAGCAGAAGCAAAAUCGACCCGUUAAAUCGAAGAAAACCCAGAUGGCUUUUGGUUUAUUCGGGUCGAUUUUGAAGAAAAUCAAGGAAAGGAGUAAGAAACGCGAGAUUAAUCAUGAAAUUGGAACUCAGAACAAUGAAAUUGGUGGUGAGUUGAGAAGUGGGUCUUGUUCAUGUAAUCAUAGUAGACUUAGUAGUGCGGGUUGGUCGGAGAGUAACGAAGAAAAAUCGAUGGAUUUCGAAACUUCUAGUAGUUGCAGAUCGGAAAAUGAAGAGAUUGAGAACAUCGCUCAUGGAGAUUUUCCUAUUUAUGAAACCAAAUAUUGUUCGAGUCCCAUAAGCCCUUUUAGAUUUUCUCUUCAGAAAUGUCCGUCGUCGACCGGUUGCCUGACGCCGGAGUUUUCAUCGCCGGCCGCAUCUCCGGUUUGCCACAAGAAAGAGGAUAAAGAAAACUAUGAAGGUUUGGCAAAUAUUGAACAAGAAGAAGAUGAGAAAGAACAAUGCAGCCCGGUUUCCGUCUUGGAUCCUCCGUUUGAAGACGAUGGACAUGAAUGUGAAUACGAGGACAAGGGCGAGGAAGAGGACGACGAUGAUUAUGGUAUCGAGUGCAAUUAUGCACUUGUACAGAGAGCACAACAACAACUUCUAUCCAAGCUUCGUAGGUUCGAGAAACUAGCAGAGUUGGAUCCUAUUGAACUCGAGAAACUAAUGCUCGAAGAAGAAGACAAUGAUGAUCUCAAAGAUGAUAAUGACAAUGAUUCGGUGUUAUCAUACAGAGACCGUGAUUUUGAGACGUUUGCAAGUGAAGUGACAAUCCCUUUCGACAUGAAAAGGCUAGUCUCAGACUUAAUAUCUGAGGAGAAAAUUGAGACUAACAACUCGAACAAUAGGGAAGAAGAAGUAGUCUUUGGAAGAGUAUGCAAGAGGUUAGAUUCAUGGCAACAUGUCAGAUCAGACACCAUCGACAUGAUGGUCGAAUCGGACUUGAAAAUCGAGCUUGAUGAUUGGAAAAAAUUUCAUGAACAAAUGGAAGAAAUUGCAUUGGAAGUUGAAGUUUCAAUCUUUAGGUUGUUAGUAGAAGAAUUAGCAGAGGAGAUAAUCCAUUUUACUGGACAUCAUGGAAAUUUCAAUAAAGUUUUUGCCUAAGCAUUUCUCCGCGAAUCCAGAUUAGUCAGGAAACUAGUGUUGAUUCCAAACACCGAGUUGGGAAACCAUAAAAGAACACAGAGAAAUCUCCUAUGUACUUUAUUCUAUCAUAGUCUAACUUUUUGUACUAUGACUUAGGCUAUAGUUUGUAGUGCAACCCAAAGAGCUUUUUGGGGUGUUAGACAAUAGUAUUAGUAGUAUUUAGUAGCAAAAAUUACUUAUCAUGUAUAUGUGAGGGGGGAAGGUAAAUUCUUACUUCAUGAGACUAAACAGUAUAGCCCUCAAUUUUCUUACUAGAGGAAAUAAUCUUUGUAUCAAGACUUUGCUUCUUUA